AUGGAGCCUCCCAGGCAGGCCACCAGCCGCCAAACGGCCAACCUGCCUCAACUGGAGAUCCUCAACCCAUCGGUCCCGCACAGCUUCUCGGCGCCCUCAAAAUGCAUCAACGACGGGCCAGACGUCGCACGCUUCCUCACCUCGAAAGGCUACCGCGACAUCGGUGUCUUUGUCAUGCAGCUCAACCGAGCACUCUGUCCACGCAAGUCACCAAGUGGGCCCUCAAAGAAAUUUCCCCUUGUCGGAGGGAGCCGUCACGACACCGCAGCCGUCCGCAAACUGAGAGACCUGCUGGAUAGGACGGCCAAAUUCAUCGAUGAUGCACCUCCUGACCCUGGCCCAAGGAGAUUCGGAAAUAUCAGUUUCCGGAAAUGGUACCAGCUGCUGGAGGACAAUCUGGAUGCCCUGUUGAGGGAGUUUGUGGAUGCUGACAUCCUCAAUUUCGGAGCCUCCGAAGACACCACAGCUCAGCAUCCUGGUGCGAGCGGUGAAAACAAUCAAACCCCAGGAUCCAUCGACGAAUUGAGGGCGUACUUUCUUGGAGGCUUCGGGAGUCCUCAAAGACUGGACUACGGAACCGGGCACGAGCUGAGCUUCUUAGCCUUUCUGGGCUGCCUGUGGAAGCUGGGUGCUUUCAAAGACGGGGUCCAGGGCGGUGAAAUCGAGCGCAGUAUCGUCCUUGGUGUCUUUGAACCAUACCUGAAUGUGGUCCGCCGUCUCAUCCUCACAUACAACCUCGAGCCAGCAGGCUCGCACGGUGUCUGGGGACUAGACGACCACGCCUUCAUGCCAUACAUCUUUGGUUCCGCACAGUACACCCGCCCGAUCACCGAGGAGGAGACAAUGCCCCUCGAAGGCUCCGUCGAGCGGGCCCCGAAGCCGGGCGAUAUCCUCAAGCCUGAAGCCGUGGAGCGGCUCCGGGAGACCAACAUGUACUUCUCCGCCGUUGGGUUCAUCAACGACGUCAAGAAGGGCCCCUUCUGGGAGCACAGCCCGAUCCUCUAUGACGUGUCCGGGAUCAAGGACGGCUGGGGUAAGAUCAACAAGGGCAUGAUCAAGAUGUUCAACGCCGAGGUCCUGUCCAAGUUUCCCGUCGUGCAGCACUUCCCUUUCGGCUCGCUCUUCUCCUGGGAUAUUGACCCCGAGGCAUCGGCGCCUCAGCAGUCUCUGCGCCUUGGGCUCAAGCAACGCGCAUGCCUGGGCCACCGGGGCCAGGCAUCCCCUAUUCAAGGGUACCGGGUGCGGCUGCAGGGGCCAGAGGAGUAA